AUGUACAAGGGUCACGAUGAAUCUGCCCGAGUGCAGAUACAGUAUAUCGAUAUGGCUGACGACCUGUUCAACGAGCUAUGCUGGUGCGGUCUAGCAUCAUGUGCACGGCUCCUCGGUAUUCUAACUGAAUUGGCGCAGUCUUUUGCGGAAAAUGAAACAGAAGUUCUGCAGAGAACCGAAUCAUCGCCUGAAACAGAGGAAGUUGCUGCGUAUAGCCAAAAGGAUAUAAUGGUUGCCAGUGACUUAGCAGUACCAGUCCAGCUUUUGGAACUGCGGCUCACUGGGUAG